AUGAAGAAGCGGAGACCGUGCACGUGGAAUCCAUCCCGAUCUCCAAGAAAUUCACCAAAAUCUCUUCAUGUUCGCGAAUUCGACGGUUCGGCGACCGCUAAGACCAAAAGCUUCCAUGAUUUGAAACGCUUGCAAAAGUGUACUCCGAAGUUACAGAAGACAGCCGCGGAACACAGGGAGUCCACGUUGAAAAGAGAUGCUUUCGGUUCGCUGGAAUCUUUGUUCGAUCUAAAAAAACCUCUAAAUUUACCGGACAUACGUUCGUUGGCGAUCGAAUAUCACCAAGAGGGUCAUGUUUCUUCUUUCGAAUCAAGAAACUCGAAGAAUUUUGUAGAAUCGAUAUUUCUCCAGCAACAAGUCGAUCUUGAACCGCACAUUCUUGAACGGAUUUACGAGGUCGAUGACUAUAAAAAAAAACAAAUCCGGAAGAGAAGGAAUCACCAAAGUAUGAAAUACAUGGCUGACGAAGAAGUGAUAGAAGAAGUUCCCGACGAAGAUGUUGAAACUGAAGCUGAACCAGAGGAAGAAGAAGCGGAAGAACCAGAAGCAGAACAGGAAGAUAAAGAUGUAUUUGAAGAGAAGGAUGAUCGUCCUCCGUCGUAUCCGCUUCCUCCCGGUGUCGGUGAAGGCGUGCCAAUUAAACCUGGUGGUCGACAAGAAUCGAUAUUGAGUUCGUCUCCAUUGACCGAUAGCGCUGUAAUGAUGGAAAUGAAGAAGGCAGACGAACGUUGCGUGAUGCUUUCGAAAGAAAUUGAACAGUUGAAAAAGGAAAUAGCCGAACUCUCAACUAAAAAAGAUUUAACGGAGGAUGAUACGUUGGUGAUUCACGAGAAGCAGGAUGAAGUGAUGAAGAAAUUGGCAGAAUUCGAGGAGAUAACUAGGAAGUUGCAACGAUUAUUAGGUUUAGCUGAUCAUUCAAGUACCACGUUUGCUAAAAUGUUUGAUAUGCUACCUUAUACGAAACCAAGUGCAGUCAUUACGGAAGAAAUCGAAGAGGAAAUUAGCGUGAAAGAUAAGAUAGACAUGAUAGAUAAGAAAAUAGAGGUGGAAUUAGAUAAACGUGAAGAUCUUUUCGAUUUGCCGCAAAUAGAAUAUCCGGAAGAUCAACUUCCAAGAGUAAUUGUCUGUGGAUACACAGAAGACGAAAUUCCAAAAAUUGUAGUGGCAGACAGUAAAAAAAAGGGGAAGGACAGAUGUCUGCAAAGUUUAACAGGAAAAUUAACAGAAUCGUUGACCAUGCAGGAAAAAUUAGUACUAGAGAACGCACAGCUCGAAGGUGGAAAAUACAAACUAGAAGAGGCACUGUUAGAAAAGGACUCUGCUGUUGAGAACCUUCAGAGGAAGGUAUGCGGGUUGCAGGCUGAAAUGCGAAUAGUCGUGAAGGAAAAUGUGGAAUUGACUCGACAAAUAGCUUGCUUAAAUCAACGAAUCACCAGUCCUUGUUACACCUGCCCAGGUGGAAUAUUGUCUGGAGUGUCAAGUCCACGUCCUAUUCGUUCCAUCUCAUACACCACUACGUUACAGCAAGACGAUGAUUAUUGUCGGUGCAAGUGUUGCCUAGACACUUUAUCGCCAAAUACCACGUGUGUGAAACGGGAGAGUCGUACGUAUCUACCUUGCGGAGAUUCGCCUAGACUUGCGGGUGGCGCGUCAGUAACGGGUGCUUGCAUCGAUAGUACAUCCUCCUCGCAAAUUGAUGAGAUGUGUUGCAGAAGUCCUGCAACGGCCAAGUCGCCAUGUCCUCCACCUCCGCCAAGAGGAGCAUGUCCCGCGGAAUUGGAGAAUAAAUUAGCAGCCUAUGGGAACAGUACCAAACAGCUAGAGCAACAAUUGGGCAGCAUGGAAUGCGAGGUGCGCAACAUGCAGAUAGAGCUUGCUAACGUGCAACGUGAACGUCAACAAUUGGAACAACAACGUAAAUUAUUGAAAUGUACCGGUCCUUGUGCACCAUGCGGUUGUUGUCCUCCUGCAUCCAUGAAUCUUCAAGGUCCUGGCGCGCCUCCGUUCGCACCUCCUGUACCAAUUAUGCAACCUCUCCCUGUACCUCUUCCCAAGAUGCCACCAGCUCCGUCCUCAACCUGUACCGGUCCAUGCAUAAAUGCCCCUAUGGGCGCUAGCACGUGUCCUCAGCAACAGUUACGUGAUCUACGCGAGCAAUAUGCACGUCUGCAAGAUGAUUACAAAAACAAAUUAUGCGAGGUUUCGUGUUUAAGAACAGAUGCUGACAAGUUGAAACAGCAAACUCGCGAAGCCAUCGAGGAGAAAGAGAAAUUGGACAUCAAACUGGUGGACGCUGUAGAACGUUUAAAGUCGAUGGAAGCAGAGAAAGAUAAAUAUGCAGGUUUUAAGGAACAGAUGGUCGAGCAGGAGCAAACUUUGAUCGUCUUCAAGCAACGUUUCCGAGAAGCGCAAGACGAGCUCGAGGAAUUGCGAUCCUUGAUUCAAGAUCAAGCUGCGCAGUUGGAAGACUACCGAAAUAAAUACUUACAGGCGCAGCAACAAGUUGAAGAACAACGUCGACAACUUGAUCUCAUGGAGAUGGACAACGCAAGGAUGAACGAAAACGUGACCUUGGAAAUAGGAAGGGUUAAAAAUCAAUUCCAAGAAAAGCUCGCUGAACUUGCACCUCUGCCGGAUAUUUUGAAGCAAACGCAAGUAAAGCUUCAAGAAGCCCAACAAAUGCGCUUGAUUGCCGAACGUAAUUGCGAGGAUCUAUCGCGGGAGGUAAUAGGGUGCAAAGAUAAAAUUCAAACAUUGCAAAAUCAAUUGGACGUGUUACGUAGCGAGCAUCAAGCACUUCAGGAUGAAAGAGGUCAUGGUACAGGGCGAUUUGACGAAUUGGAAAGGAAGAAUGCGGAGCUGCGACAUGACAACGAGCGUAUGAAGAAUACGCUUGCUAGAUUCGAGGAACAUGAGGCGCAAAUGCAGAAACGUAUCGAUGAGAAGACACACGAAACCACCCAGUUAACGGCGAUGCUCGAUCAGGUGCGAGAAGAUUCUGCGAGACAAGUAGCAAGAACGAAGGAAAGAUGUGAAACUGUGAGAAGGUCUAUGCAGGGACAAAUUGCAGAAAUGGAGAGGCAGUUGGCUCAAAGCAGAGCUACUGCAAGAGCUGCACAGAAGGAUAAAGAUGAAAUUAGACAGAAAAUGCAGGGUCAGAUAAACAACCUAAAUGAGGCGUUUGAACAGGCUCAAGGUCGAAUAAGGUCACUGCAAGGUCAUGUAAAUUACCUGAAAACAUCUUACAGCAAUAUCUUUAAGGGGCAAGGAGAGGUUCCACCUGGUGUUUUACCUGGAGAGGCUGGGGCAGGAUUCGAUUCCUGCGACUGCAAUUAUUAA